AUGGUCCGGGAGGUACUCGCACAAAUGAGAGGGCUGGCAAUGGGACAACGACUGGCACCAAGCCUUGGCAUUGAAUUCAUGUCUAAUGUGGAAGCGCCAGUAAUCGACCUCAGUCCGUUACUCUACCAUCUUUCUACUUCUGUUCAGCAAACACGAGGUGCUAUUUUCUUUAUUUACGCACAAGCCGACGCUACGGCGGAUUUCGCCUUCCUCAGAGCCUGGAAGGGUCAAGUUGACAGCAAUCCAUUCGGCCAAACACCUCCAUAA